AAAAAGCAAAUACAAUUUAAAAGGCAUGCGCCCCGCCCCGAACCCUAGUGCUUGCCCCUAACCCGCGCAGAGCGCAUUGGUAGUGAGAGAAACACCAACAACUCCUAUAAUAUUAAAAACAGUGUGUUCAAAAUAAUGUUCUUAAUGCUAAUGAACUAUUGUGCGUUUUGUCUGUGUUCUAGAUAAAAAGAAACGAAGAAAUCAAAGUUUUGCAAAAGCAGCGGCCAAAAAUAUGUAAAACGCAACAACAACAACAAUACUAGCAACAACAAAAAUCAUAAUAAGGUAGCAACGAGAGCGCAAAAGCACAAAACCCCAAAAGCACUCACACACACACACUCUCGAUUAAAAGUUAUUAGCAAAAGCAUAAAUACUCGCAUAAUACGCUCAUUUGCACGCUCGCUCGCUCUCUCUCUCUCUCCCUCUCUCCCACCCACACACACACACACACACACGCAAACGCACACGCACAGGCACACUCUCUCGCUCUGCAAAGUGCAUAGGCCAGGCAACUGUUCGUUGUGUGUGGGAGUGUGGAGAGUGUGAGAGUGGAGACGAAGAACGACGACGACUGUAGCUAGUAGCUAGGUCAGUGGCAGUGGGCGGCCAUUAAUAACAACAGCAGCAACAACAACAACAAAGCGACAGUCAUGUCCUGUACCGUUUCGGAGCUGCCCAGUGGCUGUCGAUUGCGUUCCAGUGGUGGCGGCGUUGGCGGUGGGGUAAACAACGGUAAUAGCGGCGAGACCGUCAGCAGCACAACAACUACAACAAUAGCAGCAGCAGUGGGCGGAGGCGGGGGCGGAAUUGGCGGAGUAGCAGCUGUUACCACAAGCAGUAUGACUACCACAUCCAAUGUGCUGCAAGAAUCAAAUGCGCCGUUGCCACGUCCGGCGCAGUCACAGAAGCCAUGCUGCUUUUGUUGGUGCUGCUGCUGUUCCUGCUCCUGGGCUAAGUGCUUGGCAAUCAAGAACGCUGACGAAAAUGCGCCCACCAAACGUGAUCUCGCCAGCGGCGAAUUCCUAGAUGGCGAUCAACCCACAUUAGAAGAAAUACGCAGCUGGGGCAAGAGUUUUGACAAACUUAUGAAGAACUCAAGUGGUCGAAAGGUAUUUCGCGACUUUCUGCGCAGUGAAUUUAGCGAGGAGAACAUUUUGUUUUGGCUUGCCUGCGAGGAUCUCAAAAAGGAGAACAGCGCUGAAGUGGUAGAGGUUAAGGCGCGCCGCAUCUAUGAGGACUAUAUAUCCAUAUUGUCGCCGCGAGAAGUGUCGCUGGAUUCGCGAGUACGCGAGAUUGUCAAUCGCAACAUGAUUGAACCGACGACCCAUACCUUUGAUGAAGCUCAAAUACAAAUCUAUACGCUGAUGCACAGAGACUCAUAUCCCAGAUUCCUAAACUCGCAAAAGUUCAAGACACUCGCUCAACUGCAAGACAAUUCGAAUGCCGGUUCCAAGGCGGAUAGUCCUACUUAGAUGCUUAUAUGUAUAUUAUGUUCAUUUCUGUUGAAUGUCUCAUGUGCUGUGUUGAUUUUCGUUGUUGUACUGUGGUUUAACUUUAGUAUUCAAAUAAUUUGGAGUUUGUCCUUUUGGUAGCUGUUGCACAAAGCAAUAUUGUCAUAUAUAAACCAGAGCGCAAAAACAGCUGCCAAAUUGUGGCAAGCGACCCAAGGCAGGCAGGCAGGCAACCGAUUCCUUCUUUACACUGGUUCUAGUCGUUAACAUAAGCCAUAAACAAAAAACCAAAAACCUAAAACCAAAAACACAAACUAGGCAAUUUAUAAAAUUAGUUUUUAAACCGCAAAGAAAUUUGGCAUUUCUUUAGCUUUAAAACAAAAAGGAGAAGGAGAAAUUGUAAACGUUUCUAUUGUACCAAGGGUCUCGUUAGCUGGGGACACAUUGGUUCAAAGCGAUACCAAAAAUAGCAUAUAUUGUAAUAAUUGUUAUACUAUAAGACGUAUUAAUCAAAUUGAACAAAGAACAACUUUAAAUGCAAAAAUGCUUUUCCAUAAAAAACAAAAACCAAAAAAACAAAACAAAAAUAAGCAACAUUUUUA